AGAUAAGCAUACGGUGAAGAGAAGAAGUUGAGGAGACUGACGACUCUUCUGUCUUUUCUUUGGUUUCAUUUUCUUGUGACUUUGUUCGUCUUUUCGGAGCAGAAACGGAGCAGAAGAAGUAGAAGAGUUCCCGGAAGGCUUGUAGACAGUCUCCUCAGCGCUCGAUCACCUGUCGCUCUCACCUCUCCAGCCAUGGACCACAUGAACCACAGCACCAUGCCGGUGGACCACACCCACCACCAUCAUCACACCAUGGCCCCGCCCACCACUGACGGACACAACCACGGCGGAGGAGAGAGCGGUGGUAGCGAUGGAGGACAUGCAGGACAUGGAGGGAUGGUGAUGACCUUCUACUUUGGCUACAACAAUGUGGAGCUGCUGUUCACCGGCCUGCUCAUCAACUCACCUGGAGAGAUGGUCGGGGCGUGUAUCGGCGUGUUCCUAUUGGCUGUCCUGUACGAGGGGUUGAAGAUGGGUCGUGAGGCGCUGCUGCGUCGCAGUCAGGUCAACGUGCGCUACAACUCCAUGCCGCUCCCGGGGGCUGAUGGGACAGUGCUGAUGGAGACGCACAAGACGGUCGGACAGCGGAUGCUAAGCCCCGCCCACUUCCUGCAGACCCUAUUGCACAUCGUUCAAGUGGUCGUCAGCUACUUUCUGAUGCUCGUCUUUAUGACCUACAACGCUUACCUCUGCAUCGCCGUGGCAGCCGGCGCCGGCAUGGGCUACUUCCUGUUCAGCUGGCGGAAAGCGGUGGUUGUCGACAUCACCGAGCAUUGCCAUUAGCUAGCGUGCUAGUUACCAAGAUUUUGCUGUCACAAUCGAUAAAAUGCUAACAAACACUUUCACUCUUUGUUAGCACGUUAGCUAAUGCGGAACUACAAACGAGAGUUAGCGCAUGAAAUGCGUCACUAAAUUGCAAAUGUUACUCGUUAACCACGGUAGCACCUUGUUAGAGGUUAACAUGAACACUAACAUCUGUAGUUAGCAAUGAAUAAAUCCUUGUGUCGCAGAAAACGACGAACAUUUCAUUGGCAGGGUUUUUGCCAUUAUUACCAAGUUUUGUUUUGUUUUGUUUGUUUGUUUGUUUGGAAACUCCUGCUGGUAUGCGAGCCGGCCAAUCACAGCUCGGAUCACCUCAGAGGUUUUUGAUUGGCCAAAUCACGUCAUACUGUCUUUUAUUUCCUUUUCAGUGCCAUGACAACUGGAAGGCUAGUGCUAGCUGCUACUAGCCAAAGUGUUGGCAUACGUAGCUCACGUAUACACUUAUUUUUUUUAGUUAGCAUUGUCAGCAGCUUGUUAGAAGAGCCACCAAUCAUAACACGAUAUUUAAACAUUUAUUUAGAAUAUAAUAUAUUAGGGAAUAGAUUUCAUUUAGAUUUUUUUUAUUUAAAUGAAAUGAUUAAAACGUUUUUUUUUUAUUAUUUUGUUCUUGUUAGCAUACAGAAACUGCUUCUACGUUUUCUUUUUAAAUAAAAAUCAUCCACAUUAACACAGCCGAUGAGCCACUUCUCGAAUUUAUCAGUCAACCAAAACUUUACAUUCUAAAAUUCUUGUGAAAUGUUGCUUGAUCUGAAACAAUUUAAACGUAAUGUACGUUGAAAUCUUAUAAUUUUACUGAAAGAAGAAAAGAUUUUAAAGGUGUUUUUUUUUUUUUUUUUACAGUUUUCUGACGAAAGAACUAAACGAAAAUUUCCAAAUCAACGUCUUUACUAGUACUUUUCUAAACAGUCGUUUCCUUUUUUCUCGGCCACCGUGGGCCUUAAACCCAACACCUGUUGCCUUAAUGUGGCUGACGGACGUCCCGACGUGCUACUGACUGGAGGCCAGUGUUUGACUUUUAGGUGCUGCUGUUCCACAUCAACACGUGUGUUAAUGGAGGUCGGUGCCCCCCCAGGGAAAAAGAUGGUUUGUUAGGAUAUAAAAUACGUGAGUGAAUGAGACUUCUGUAGAUGUCUUUGUGAUUGAUUGUGAUUUUUUUUAUUUUUAUUAAUGGAUUCACACUGAGAUGUGGGUGGAGUUUACUUACUGGACCAAUCAGGUUGCAGGGACAGAUUGCAGUUACUGGAUUUUUAUUCAUAACAAAAUUUAGACACAAACUUGUUGAGAAUUCUCAAUAACUGAAAUUAAAACAGAGCACAGCUACACUAUGUGGCCAGAAGUAAAGGGACAGCCACGUCCACAUACUUCUGGCCACGUGAAAUGCAUCCAUCAGGUGUCUGUUAUUAGAUGUCCGCAGACUUUUGUCGGUCUGCAGCAGAUGUUAAGGUGACGUCCUCUCAGUGUGAAUCUGUCUCUGUUGUCGUUGUUGGAAAAUGAAGUCGAGGUUAAAACAUAAUGAAAACUGUCUGUGAAGGAAACUGAAUAUUAAAAGUGUCUGAAAAAUGUUUGAAUCGUCACCAAUGCUGGAAUCA